UUCUGACAGGGCGUACGCAAAGUCGAAAAGGUUUAUUAUUCGCAUACUUGAGUAUCAUUAACAAGUUUACAAGUUGUUGAGAAAAUGGGGACGAACGGUACGGUGACGAACGGCGGGUCACACGGCGCCAAGAAGGCAGCGCACGAGAAGUAUGCGAUCGGGCGCGCGAUACUGGAGCCUGCCAUCCAUCAUGAAUCGUUUGAGAAGCUGUGGGAAACCAAAUGGAAAGCGCCUUGCACAAUGGGGGUUUACCCGUUCAUGUUUGGGUCUGUAAAGGACUUCGAACCGGUUGCGGAAGAGAUCAUCAAGAAAGGGCUGAAGGAGCCGUAUGACUGGGACGAGUACGCCGAGAUGUUCUUCCCCAAGGCCCAGGAGCUAUCCAAGAUGGCAGGCAGGGCGGAAGAGGCGGGCGAGAAGGAGAAGGCUUCCGAGUACUACCUACGAAGCUCAGCACUGUAUCGCAUCGCCCGGUUCCCAGCACCUCGGUCGGAAAAGCAGCGUCUGGCGUGGACCCUGGGGAAGGAGGCGUUCUACAAAGGCGGAGCACUGAUGGAAUACCCGAUCCGUGAGGUGAAGAUCCCUCACACGCACCGGGCGGAAGGGGAAGGCCACGACAUCCCGGUGAACCUGCUCGUCCCACCGGGGGCCUCAGCACAGAGCCCGGCGGCGGUGGUGAUGAUAUUCACGGGCCUGGACGGGUACCGCACGGAGCUGGCAGUGUGGCAGCGGGGGUGGCUGGACAAGGGGGUGGCGACGGUGGUGGUGGAGAUCCCCGGGACAGGCGACUCGCCGGCGGCCAAGGGCGACGUGACAAGCCCGGACCGGCAGUGGUCGAGCGUGCUGGACUGGAUCGGAGAGCAGGGGGAACUUGACGGCGGGAGGGUGGUCGUGUGGGGGUUCUCGACGGGCGGGUACUACGCGCUGCGGGUGGCGCACACGCACGCGUCACGGCUGCUGGGCAGCAUCAGCCUCGGGGGAGGGGCGCACCACAUGUUUGACCGCGACUGGCUCGAGCAUGCCAACAUGCUCGAGUACCCGUUCGACCUGUCCAACACGCUGGCCUUCAAGUUUGGCCACACGGACCUCGAGUCGUUCGUGCAGGAGGCGCACAAGUACUCGCUGGUCAACGACGGCACGCUGGACAGGCCCUGCUGCGGCAACGUGCUGCUUGUCAACGGGCAGGGCGACGAGAUCUUCCCCAUCGAGGAUCUGGACGUGGCGCUGCGGCACGGGCUGCCAAAGUCGGCGAGGGUGGUCGAGGGGCGCAAGCACAUGGGAGAGCCCGAGAGCUUCGGCCUGAUACUGCGCUGGAUCCACGGCCUGCUGGGCCUGGACGGCGACGUUGCGGCCCAGAUGAGGCUGCUGCCCUUCAAGGCAAGGUAUUGA